AGGCGGCACCAUGGAGGGGCGCAGAGCAGGAGGAUGUCACAGGAGCAAGGACGCAGGAGCGGCCAGCCAGGAACCCCGGAGUCCGGGGAGCCCAGGCCCGAUCAGCAGGGCCUGAUGGAGUGGGGCCAGGUCUAUCUGGUGACGGGCGGCUGCGGGUUCCUGGGCUCCCAUCUGGUGCGGAUGCUGGUGGAGCGAUCGCCCAACGUGGCCGAGGUGCGUGUCUUCGAUCUGCAGCUGGAUCCGGCCCUGGGGCAGCUGGGGACAGACAAGGUGAAGGUGACCCUGAUCUUGGGGGACAUCAGUAGCCCCACGGACGUUGGGGCUGCCGUGAAGGGAGCAGACGUGGUGAUCCACGCAGCCAGCUUGGUGGACGUGUGGGGCAGGGUCCCGCCCGAGAAGAUCACGGAGGUGAACGUUCACGGGACCAAGAACGUGAUUGACGCCUGCAUUGAGCAUGGGACCCAGUAUCUGAUCUAUACCAGCAGCAUGGAGGUUGUAGGCCCCAACAUCAAGGGGGAUCCCUUCUACAGGUACCUAGGCCCCUGGCUUCCCCUGCGUGGCCUCAUUGGCCUCAUGACCAUUGCGCUCAAGUCCACGUCGCCUUUGUCAGGGGGCAACGUGGCCUGGAUGCACGUGCUGGUGGCGCGGCAGAUGCAGGAGGCCCCGGCGGUCAUCGGGGGCCAGGUCUACUUCUGCUACGACGCCUCCCCCUACAAGAGCUACGAGGACUUUAACAUGGAGAUCCUGGCCUCCUGCGGCUUCCGCCUCCUGGGCUCCCAGCCCGUCGUGCCCCACUGGCUCCUGCGCUGCCUGGCCCUGGCCAAUGACCUCCUCCGGCGGCUUCUCCGGCCCUUCUUUUCCUAUGCCCCCCUGCUCAACCCAUACACCCUGGCCGUGGCCAGCACCACCUUCACGGUGCAGACGGACAAGGCCCAGCGCCACUUCGGCUACCAGCCCCUCUACAGCUGGGAGGAGAGCCGAGCCCGCACGGUGGCCUGGCUCCAGGAGGUCGACGCCCAGAGAGAGGCGGGGAAGUAGGGCAGGUGGGGGACUGAGCAGCUGGGCCUUGGUUCCAGCCUGCGUGUUUCUUUGCAAUGAAUCUGGCUCCAGAGAGAGGGAUCCAGAUCCUGGUGUUGUUCCAACCCGCCACUGCCGGGGGAUGUGGGAAUCCGGAUCCGGGUUUUACUUCCAUGGGUGUCAGGGGAGGGGAGGAGGGAAUCUGGAUUCAGAUUUUGCUUCCAUCUUGUGUGUGUCAGAGCAGGGAAUGUGUGAAUCCAGAUCUGGAUUUUGAUUCAGCCCAUGGGUAUCAGGGCAGGGGAUGUGGGAAUCCGGAUCCGGGUUUUGUUCUGAUCCUACCUCUAGCUUUCCAGUGAAUCUGGCUCCAUGGAGAUGGAUUCCAGAUCUGGGUUUUGCUUCCAGCCUGUGCCCCUCAGUGCAGAGGAAUUUGCCAGCCCAGGUCUUGUCUCAUCCCAGCACACAGCGGACUUGGUUACCUUGGGAUCCAGAUCCGAGUUCCCCUCCCGGAGUCCAGCCCCCUCCCCUCCCCCAGUGCAUUGCUGCAGACCAUCCCCUGCUGAUUGCAAAUGGAUCCGGAUCUGGAUUUUGUUACCAUCCGGGUGCUUUGGGCCAGAUCCCCAGCACACUUCUGGGGCGGAACCAACUCUACCGGAACGGGAUCUGGACCUGCAGCCUCCCCUCCCCCCCAGCCCCAUGGUAUUGCAGAGGCGGGUCAGACAGCUAGACCUGGAUCCUACUCAGAUGGCUCCUAGACUCCAUUCUCCAUGGAGAUACCGCUCUGGGAUUUCUUUCCAGCCUAUGUAUUAUCCCCCAGCCUGGACUCCAUUCUCCAUGGAGAUCCCGCUCCGGGAUUUCUUUCCAGCCUAUGUAUUAUGCCCCAGCCUGGACUCCAUUCUCCAUGGAGGCCAACCCGUCUAUUAGGCCUGUUGGAUUGGAGUCCAUUCCCCAUCGGACUCCAGCUCCAGGCUUUCUUCAGCGCACCAAUACCUCUGGUCUAAGCAUUAAUUUCCUCAAUAGUUAUUAAUUAUUAUUAUUAUUUUAUUAUGACUAAUUAUGAGGCCGAACGUCCAUAGCACGUUCCACACAGACGCACCAAGCAAAGUCUAGUAACUUAUGUAUAAUUAAACUCUUAAAGGAUCACUGGAAAA